AUGCGGCGUGGCCGUGUUGCCCUGUGGCCCCGUGGCCCGGCCGGGGCGCUGAGCACGGCCCCCUCCCUCCUUCCGUGCUCGUCCCGCCGGGUCCCCCCCUCCCCGGCCCCGCCCCCGCGGGCUGCCCCACCCCCGCAGGCCACCGCAGCCGCUGCCAAGGCAACGGCGAGCCGCCGUCACGUGGCUGGCCCUUGGGGGCGCUACGGACCACGUGAUCUGGCUGGCCGGGAGGGGAGGGGAGGGGAGGGGAGGGGCGGGACUCGCUGCCCCUCCUGCCUUACACCCCGGCUUCGGGGAUCCGUUCUAGCCAGGACCACCCGGCCGGAAGCCGGGGAGCGGAAACCGGUAAAAGCCGCGCGGGCGCCCGGCCCUGACGACGGAACACAGGACGAUGUGGUAGCGCUUCUCUGGGUCCCUGGAUCUGGACAACAGGACCAGGACAGGGUGAGCCCUGCUCGGCCCGAGUGCGUGGGUCUGAGUAGAGGAAGGGAGCACAGAAUCCCCAGGAUCUGGAGCUCCUUAAAGGCAAGGCCUGUGUCUUGCUCACCAUCGUCCCCACUGCUGAGCCAGGUACACUCAGGAAACCUUCAGAUUAAGCUUUCAGUCAUGUUCAACAAUUUGCUAUAUUCUGUGGAAAAAGAAAACUGCUUCAGGACUUGCACCGGGGUGUUCUCUUGACUGAAAUAUAUUAAAAUACGGUAACGGCAGCUCACUUUAAUCAAGUGUGCCAAAGACUAAACAUAAAUAAACUUCCACGGGGGAGGAGAAGGCA